AUGACUCUCCCACCUCUCGCUCCGUUCCCGCCUGCUUCUUUGCGUCAAGGCAUCGUGCCCGACGAAUGGUCCGCAUUCCUGGACGCCUGGACCGCCCUUUCCAACGCUUACCUCAAUCUCCCUGCCAAGGAUUUCUCUUCGGCCGCGUCAGACGAGGGAAGCCUGGUCAAGUUUCUGACUUCUUACUUCUACGAGGCUGCCCGAUCCGGAACUAAUGACGGUUACUUCCAAUCCGAGAAGGCGAUCGGCCUGCGCAGGCAGUGCUUCCUCCUCGCUCAUAGACUCCUCUCGGCCGAUCGUAUCCCGUCGAGCUUCCUCCAGUGGGGUUUCCUUGCCCGUCUCAGCCACGUUUUCGUGCGCAGUGAGCGUUUGAAGGUGUUGCUGGACGACCUAUGGAAGAGGCAAGGCGAAAAAGUUGAGCCGAGCUUGCAGAAACUCAAGGCAUCUCUGAUCAAGACGCUUGACUCUGAUCAACCGGCUGCAGCUGAGGAGCCGCUCAGAGAUCUUGUUCCGCUACUCCAUUCCUCUCCAGACAUCGCCAUGUUCUUCAUAGCCGGCUCGGACUUCCUUGACUCCCUGUGCAGCGCCUACUCAAAAGCCUCGCCAUCAUUCAAACCGAAGCUCGUAACAGUCGCAUCUUUGGGUAUACUCGCCCUCACCAAAGGCGAGAAGCCAAAAUUCUCUCUCCUUUCAGAUACCCUCUACAGCCUAAAGUCAAAUGCGGAAAGCCAGCAAAAAUCGGGGCAGCCCUCGCUACUAUCUGAUCUUGUCACCAACACACCAAUUGUGCCACGGAUUAAAGAUAGUGGAGCCAGCGAUGAAGGCGCCAGGGUCAAGAAUUUGGCCGAAUCAUUGACCUCGUUUCGCCGGUCCGGCCUGGCAAGGCCGAAGAAGUUUGUCCGUCGAAAGGUCGACAAAGGCAAGGCAAGAAUAGCAGAGGAUGAGUAUGGUCACGGCGCAUUCGACGAGGUCCAUGUACAUCGCAUGAGCCUUGUCACGCAGUUACAAGACCUCUUUCCGAACCUUGGCUCCGGCUUCAUCGUCAAAUGCCUUGAUGAAUGGGACGACGACGUGGAGCAGGUCACUGCUCAUCUACUCGACGAUUCUCUUCCCUCGCAUCUCAAGAGCGCAGACCGAACAGCCCAGCUACCGACGCCGUCGCAGCAGAAACCAAUUGACAUUGCCUCCCACCUUCCGCCUCGUUCAACACCUCCCCCGACAAGGCGCAAUAUCUACGACAACGACGAGCUCGACCAGCUCACCGUUGACGCCUCCCGGUUGCACAUUGGCCGCAAGAACGAAUCACUUACGGCCGACAAUAUCCUCUCAGAUAGGACCUUUGCCCCUAACAAGGCCGCUAUCCUCUCUGCACUCGCGACCUUCGACCUCGAUGACGACGAGCGCGAUGAUACGUACGACGCCGAGGACGUCGGCGGUACGAUUGAGUCGACUGUUCCGGGCAACGACGAAGCAGAAGAGCUUAGAGACGACCGCACUGAAGAAGCACUCUUCCGCGCGUACAGCAUGUCUAAGGAAGCGUUUGGCCGCGACCCGGAAACACGCCGCAGCAGCGCCCGACAGGCGUUGCGCAGCGAGACGGGCAUGACAGACGAGGCGAUCGAGGGCUGGGCUAUUAUGCUGGUGCGCGACCCAUGGAGGCUCAGACGACUGGAGGCCAAGUUUGCAACGUUCGACGGCAGGCAGAACGAGCUGACAUCGACACGGUGGGUGGAUUCGCCCGCAGAGUCAGGCACAGACACAGAUGGGGGCGGCAGAGGCGGGCGUGGUGGAAGCAGAGGAGGAGGGGGCAGAGGCCGGGGCGGCCGGGGGAGAGGACGUGGACGCGGUGGAGGGAAUGCAGGUGCGGGAGGAUCGGCUGCGGGCCCGGCGGUUGAGAAGACUACACAGGUAGCCAGGCAGCGGAAGGAAGCCAACAAGUCGUCACGCGCGAACCACAACCGUCGCGAAGGACGAGCCAGGAAGAUGGCAAGGGCAGGCUUCCCGGGCUAA